UUCAGGUUGGCUCUUCCUGGGGUAGAAGAUUAUCUGUCUGUUUGCACAAUGUAACUACAGACAUUACUACGCCUCUUCCCAUUGUACGGCACACUAGCCGAAUAGGAUUUAACCCUUCCAUUGCAUUUAUCUAUACGUGUGCCUCAUUGCAUAGCAGACCUCUGGCCGGCUGGCUUGCACAUAUAUCUUUUCCUGCUAGUUGCUGGAGAGGCAGAAGACCAUCUGGAGCUGCGGGAAGGGUUACUGAGCGUUGCAUGAGGGGGUCUGAAUAAUGAGCUUCUGGAGAAUUUGCUGAAAUAUUCUGAUUUCAAUGUGGAAAAGAAGCAGAUUACAGUCCUGCAUGCAAGUAUUAUGCUACAUGUAGUCCGCCUCGUCUCGUGUCAGUGGUCUUCAGAUGCACAAAAUUCAUUUUCUUGUUGGAAAUGGGCUGAAGGAGUUGGUGCCGGGGGCAGACAUUUCUAUAGUGAAUCUACGCUGGAAUCAUCGCUGCCUAUUGCUGAGGAGUGACACGAAGCACCACACACGGGAAUUGUAUCACUGGUGUCUCCUCGUCUUGUGCAGCUGUUAGCUGGAGUGGCGGCUCCUGAUUUACUGGACCCUAAAUCAGCCACUCACAACACCAAACCCAGGCUCUCGUUCUCCAUCAAACCGCCAGCACUGUCCGCUCGGGAGGUGAGGGACAUAACGGUGAAUGUGAUGAAAUGGAAGACGGUCUCUACGGUUUUCCUCGUGGUGGUCCUCUACUUAAUCAUUGGCGCUACCGUCUUCAAAGCGCUGGAACAGCCGCACGAGACCUCGCAGAGGACCACCAUCUUGAUACAGAAGCAUAACUUUGUAUCGGACCAUUCUUGUGUGAAUACGACCGAGCUGGAUGAGUUUAUACAGCACGUAAUGGCGGCAAUUAACGCAGGGAUAAUACCUAUAGGAAACGCCACCAGCCCCAACAGCCACUGGGAUCUGGGAAGCUCCUUCUUCUUUGCUGGGACUGUUAUCACCACAAUAGGGUUUGGGAACAUCUCACCACGCACAAAGGGUGGAAAGAUUUUCUGCAUUAUCUACGCUCUGCUUGGAAUUCCUCUGUUUGGGUUCUUAUUGGCUGGUGUUGGAGACCAACUGGGAACCAUAUUUGGCAAAUGUAUAGCGCGGGUGGAGGAUACCUUUGUAAAAUGGAACGUAAGUCAGACGAAAAUCCGCAUCAUCUCAACCGUCAUCUUCAUCUUGUUUGGAUGCAUCCUGUUUGUCGCUAUUCCGGCUGUCAUCUUCCAACACAUCGAGAACUGGCAUACCCUAGAUGCCUUCUACUUCGUGGUCAUCACCUUAACAACCAUCGGAUUCGGGGACUACGUGGCAGGUGGCUCGGACAUUGAGUACCUUGACUUGUAUAAGCCUGUCGUGUGGUUUUGGAUCUUGGUGGGUCUGGCGUAUUUUGCUGCUGUGCUCAGCAUGAUUGGAGACUGGCUAAGAGUUCUCUCCAAAAAGACAAAGGAGGAGGUGGGCGAGUUCAGGGCACACGCUGCCGAAUGGACAGCCAACGUCACAGCCGAGUUCAAGGAGACCCGCCGACGUCUCAGUGUAGAGAUAUACGACAAGUUCCAGCGGGCGACCUCUAUUAAACGGAAGCUAUCCGGAGAGCUAGGAAUGAGCCAAAGCCAGGAAAUGACGCCGUGCAAGAGAACCUUAUCCGUCAACCACCUGCACAGCGAGAAAGAGCCGCUGCCUUCUAUAACAAAAUGUGACAGUAUGUACCUGAAUGGCCUAACUCCGCACUGCGCAUCCGAAGAGAUCGCCGUCAUCGAAAACUUUAAGUAGCGCCUCGUACCGACUCCACUGUCAGCUCAGAUACUACAUUUGCCAUAAUCGAGACUACCAGCAUUUCUAAAGCCUGCAUGAGCUCAGAUACGGAUUUAAAGACAGCCAGCCAAUCAGUACUGUUAAAACUGUCGGUAUAUGUAGUUACGGCGAGGACUACUAAGUUCAACAACGUCUGAUGCCGUUCUGCGCCAAGACUGUUCCUCUCUUUUCUAAUGUGCCAUAACACCCGCAGUGUUCUGAACACCCGCAGUGUUCUGAUAACAUAAGCUUCAUGAUUUUGGUAAACCUACAAACAUUUGAGUUCUGGCAGGCAAAGGAGUGGAUCAGUCGCUGACUAUGUAUUUUGUAACUGGAGAAAUCAUUGGGAUACUGUACAGCUUUUAACUUAAGAGACUUUCUAUCAGUGCCUUAUACCGUAUAGACACACAACCUCCAUAGCGAUUAUUUUUUUAUUUUUUUCGGCCUGAGGAAUGUAUUUUAUCAGCUAAUUUAUGUUGCUUGACGAAUGCAUGCUAUGGUACCUCAAUGCACUAGUGAGGGAGAAGUGGGAAACAUUAAAGCCAUAAUAGUCAUUAUUUCAGUGUUAAAGGACCAGUAGAAGCAAAUUUACAUGAUUUGUUUUUAACAAAUUCCCUUCAGAAAUGUUCCCCGUUCCUCCUGCUCCCAAAACCUGUGCAGGUCUUCAAUAAGUACAAGUCCAAAAGCACACGCAUCCCGUAAGAAUUUAGCAGACAGCGCGUGCAGCACAUGCACCGUGAUGGAUGCGAGAUAGGCCAGCUUGCUCCGUGCUUGGUCGAUUCUCUCCAUCCGUGAAAUGGGCACUUUUGGGUGGCUACUUUGGCAGCACUUGGAAAAGAGCCAACUCCUGGGCGUGUUAUGGGAAUGUUUUUGGGGGUGUAUCCAGACUUUGGUGGUAGUUUGCACCAUGUGUACGGGGGAGGGACGCCAUCAUGGGAUAGGUGUGAGGGGUGAUGGUAAAAAUGCCAGUGGCUGGGGACGGAAACUUGGGAUGGUACAACCAUACACAAAGCCAUAAGGACACUGGGUAGCAAAUCUGGCUUCAGCAGUCGUCCGAGCUUGUGGGCGCUUUGCGUCCAUUUCAGAAUCAGGCCCACAAUACAUGCAAGCAGGUUCUUUAACUAAUACAGUAAUGGCACUUCAAUGUAGGAAAAUGCUAAUUAUGUCUUUAUGGGUGCAACAGUUCUGGACCCAUAACAAAACGUAGCUAUAGGACCUAUAAUGCCACUGAGUAACCUCCCAGCCCCCCGCAGGCUGCUCUAUGAGUGGCGUAGCCAAAGAGUCUUAUCUCGGCAUGUGUGUCUGUGACAUGUAACCACUACGCAUGUGCGGGUGCCUCGGGGAGUGCUAUGGGUACCUCCUGGGCUGCGGAAGCCUAGGAGGGAGUGAGGCAGGCACCCAUGGUAGUUCCAUCAUUUCCUAUCAUCAAGAAUUUCAGUGACAAUGGCCCUCAUUCCGAGUUGUUCGCUCGCUAGCUGCUUUUAGCAGCAUUGCACACGCUAGGCCGCCGCCCUCUGGGAGUGAAUCUUAGCUUAGCAGAAGUGCGACCGAAAGGUUAGCAGAACUGCUCAUAAAAUGUUUCAUGCAGUUUCUGAGCAGCUCCAAACCUACUCCUACCUUGCGAUCACCUCAGUCAGUUUAGUUCCUGCUUUGACGUCACAAACACGCCCUGCGUUCGGCCAGCCACUCCCCCGUUUCCCCAGACACGCCUGCGUUUUUACCUGACACGCCUGCGUUUUUUAGCACACUCCCGGAAAACGCUCAGUUACCAUCCAGGCAGAAACACCCACUUCCUGUCAAUCACUCACCUAUCAACAGAGUGACUAAAAAGAGUCGCUCGCCCUUUUGUAAAACUGCAUAGUUUUGUGUGAAAGUACUUCGCGCGUGUGUACUGCGGCCCGUACGCAUGCGCAGAAAUGCCGCUUUUUCACCUAAUCGCCGUGCUGCGACCGAAAGCAGCUAGCGAUCAACUCGGAAUGAGGGCCCAUAUACAAGUAUUAGAUAACAAGCCAAAACCUUAUAGGUAACUGUAACAUAGAUAGUAUAUUAUUCCCAAGUCUGGGGCUUCUCUCCAAAGUAUUCUGCCAUCAGCCCAUGUGCACGGCUUCCCGCCAUACCACUCAAUGCCAGGUUGUCACAACUUCAUAACAAGCCCCAUCGAGCAUUCGCUAAGCAUCCACACCCCUAUUAUAUUUACGAGUGGGGUCAAACCCUUCAGAAGUUCCUUUCUAUACUACUUACCACUGAGCAGUUAUUUACUAUUUAAAUUUAUGAAUGUAAGAAUGUUACCUGCAUGUGAUAUGUGGGAUGAGGCGCUCACUCCUGCAUACACACGGAUAUUAGAAGUCACCUUGGAGUUCAGUGUUCAAUUGCUUUUAUACAGGUCAUGGAAAUUAGAGGUGACUUUUAAUUCCCAUAAUACUUGACAGUAGGGGGCGCCUUUCCCAGUAAGACAGAAGUUUUCUCAUUGAACACUGAAAUGAUGACAUCAGAAUUUGUACCGAUACAGGAGGUUUCACACGUAUUUGCAACGCAAUACAUCAGGUAAGCUGCGGCGCCACCGGUGCUGCAGAACGGCAAAUACCCGCAUGACCUGCUGGACAACGGCUGCAGUGCAAUGGGUUGCCAGACUCUGGCACCCCUCAUGCAGCAUGGGCUGUAGCGUUAAGAACGAGCAAUAUCUAAUAGACAAAAUACUGUUAUUCCGCUUGAGUUUUCCAUUUGCCGCCGCACGGUGAGACAUUCUUAUGUUACAGCUCCUAUCCUUUGGCGUGAAGAAGGCUUCAGAGUAUGAGGCUGGAAUACAGAGCAACAAGGAAAGUGUGCAAAUAGUUCUAGCACUGGCGUGAUUGUAAGGCAGGGACGGGCGUGUGUGAAGUACAGGGUGAACGUGAAUGAUUUCAUGCACAAUGGAACACUCAUGGAAGAGUUUUUAAGGAUUUAAAUUUUAUUAAA